AUGACAUCGUCGUCACCCAAGACUGAGGAAGCAGCUGCUGCAGAUAGCUUAACAACAGCAGGCUGUGGCAUUGAAAACCCUGGAGGUAGUGGCGAUGUGGAAACAUCGUCUGAUAAACCGGAGAAUUCACGCGGGGACCAACAAAUCAACGUAACCGAGCCUAUUAACCUCUUGAAAAGCAAACCCUGGGCAGCCCGGCUGUCUGUCGGCGGUUUUCUGCCGAAGCUCCCACGGAGGAGCAAGCCACUCGAUCCAAAUCAGGAGGACCUUGCAGGGCUCAGCAGUUUUGGGAAGGUACUGAGGAAAGCUAGGGUCAGUGCCCCACAGAAAGACGGCGAUGUUGAAAACAUCGAAGAAGAAGUGCUCGCCGACAUCAGCGAUGACCUGUCUGAACUGGAUGAAGGCGACUUUCCUGGAGAGAGCCAUGACCAGGAGCACAAUCUUGAGGACAGUCUGGGACAAACUGCUGUGGAAGAAACAUUCGCUCAACCAGUCCAGAAUGUGGCACAAGGCCAGAAAAGGCCUUCCCCUGUGGACGGUCACGAAGACGACAUGGGAGUGGAGAGGAAGAUGAGAAGCCCUUCUGCUCUCAGUGAAGAGCUGGAACCCCCCAUGUAUGCUGUUCAGUGGGACAGCAAUGUAAUGGGCAUGGCACGAGAGAACACACAUAACUUCAUGACAAAGACUUCAGAUAGCACCAGCUUCAGUAACAGUUCAGCCAACCAGAGGUGUGAUGGGACCUUUGAGACCAGUGUCCACAGAAGCAGUCAAUACGACUUCCAGUUUGAGGAACCAUACAACCUACAUUUGCAAAAGAAACUGGAAGAUGGCAGCAUUACUGUGAGGGAGUUCCUCAGGCUGUUUGGCAUUGACUUUAACAUCCACAAACCUCGACAGAGUGUCCUUCCUGACAAAUUUGCAACAGACUUGCCGCGCAGCGCAGAAGUGAUUCUUAUGGAGAAGCACAUCAGUCAGCCCAAACAAAGGGUGUAUGAAGAGGACUGCCAAGAACUUACGGAAAUGGUGGAGAGGUUAAAAACGCGGAUGAGAGAUCAAGAUAACACUUUAAAAGCCACUAAUGAAUCGCUGUGGGAAGUGGUGAAAUCCUACUCGGAGGAGCAGUUACAGAGCUUUGGGGCCAAUUUGAGAAAGAGCAAGACACACUUCCGAAAGAAAAGUAAAGCACUCUCCCAUGAGAUGAAAACCGGUUUGUACUCCAAACUAGUGCAUGCGACUCAGGUGGCACAACACAACUUGGCAGAAAAGAUUGAGGCAGUCGAUGAGCUGCUGAAAAAUCUUGAUGAAUGUAUUCAUGACUUGGAAGCUGAACUGGCUUCCAUGGAUUGUGCUGAGGUGGAAGAAGGUGGUACAAAAUCUGAAACAGAGCUUGCCCUGCAAGCCAAACAACAAGAGCUGGAGUCUCUCAACGCAGACAUUGCUGAGAAUGAACGGCGAUCGUAUGAGCUGGAGCUGGAGAAGAAGGCCACUGAGGACAAACUGAGAAAAGCGUGUGACAAAACCAGGGAACUGGAGAGGCAGGCGGAAGUCCUGGACAGAUUAACCGAAUGGAAACUGGGUGAGAUGACAGAUGACAAAGCAGUCUUCACCUUCCUGUAUGAAUCAUUGAGGCUGGAGGUGCUGUUUGAAAAGCCGACUGGUGAGACUAUGGCUGCCACAGAGACUGACCAGAAGGUUGCAGAUAUUACAUUUCAACUGGAGCUGGACGAUGAAACAUCAGAGUGCUACGCUCGCAUGGUUCACAAACUGAUAGCCCAGUUCAUAAAGAGCAAGAGCAGCUGGGUCCAGAUGUACCCAACAAAGCAGCAUAUCCCAAUGCUCCUCCAUAACGUGUCCCUGGUGGUGAGCCGCCUCCGCCUCCUUGGGGAGGAGAUCCACCGGAUGAAGAAGUGGGGCUCUCUCAGUCUGGACAUCCUGGAAAUCGACUGCGUGGACACCCAGAUAAGAUUUCUUUUCUCCAGUAUUAAUGCAUUUGCCAAGUUUGAGAUUACGCUGGAAGUUACCUCAGGCUACCCCUUCUCUAACAUUCAGUUGUUGUGCUUCCAAAAUUUCAUUGGAAAUACAAGAAUCGACCAAGUGGAAGCAAUUGUAUCCUCAGUAACACCUGCUAAGAGCUACUUGACCAGGAUCGUGAAGAAGAUCCAUGAUGUAUUAUUGUGCUGA